GAAUGGCAUCAUUAAAGAAUCUUCUAUUUUGCUGGCUAUUCCUUCUCAUACACAUAUUGUCAAGAUUUUUGGAAUUUGCAUCGAUUCUCAUCACUUUGGUAUCGUUUUAGAAUAUGUUAAUGGUGGAGAUCUUUCCAGGCUGCUUUCUUCUCACAUAUUUGUCCCUUACAUGGACGAAUGGAAGAACAAGCUGGAUAUGACUUGCCAGAUAGCUGACGGCAUGAAACAUCUUCAUGGCCUUGACCCACCCGUCAUUCAUCGUGAUCUAAAUCCAAAUAACAUUUUGGUUAAAAAGUCAUCAGAUAAAUACACUUGCAAGAUCUCUGACUUUGGAUUGGCAAAAUUACGAGCUACAACUACAACUGCAACUUGCUACACGGAAGAUGGAAGUACUUUACAAGCAGCUGGUUCUUUAGGAUACAUUGCACCUGAACGAUACGGAUCUGUUCACCUAGAUAUGCCAGCGUUAGCAAAGUCAGACAUUUACAGUUUUGGUGUCAUUCUAUUUCAAUUCAGAGAGCGCAUCUUACCAUUUGGCGAAGAGAACAAUGCUGUAGUGAUUGCAUUGAACAUCAGAGAAGGAACACCAUUCAAGGUUCCAAUAAAACCUUGUCCACAUGGAUAUGACGAACUGAUGAGAAGUUGUUGUUCAAUGCAAACAGAUAAUCGACCAGCUUUUGCAGAUAUAUUGACUAACCUGCAGGCGAUGUCGCACAACACUGCUGCGUGACGUCAUCACAAAUUGUGCUUGAUCUAGAAACUGCUGCGAAUGCAGAUGUUGUCCGGUCUUUCUGUACUUAUGAAGUACAUUUGAGCAUUUUAUAAGCGUAGCAUGUUUGAUUGUACUGUGCACCAUGCAGUUAGAGUAGUACUUUUGUUACAUGGAUAGUAUA